UCAUCUCGGUAUGUUCUUCAAGCUAUUAGUUCGCAACAAUCUCCCACAUAAGAGCGUCGGAAGCCUGCCCAGCUGAGAGCAUCCCGAGGAUGCACCUGGCGGGGCUCGGGGAGGUCGCACCCGAAAACGGAAGCCAUGGCAAAUGCCCCGAGGUAUAUACCGACACACAUUUAUUGGGUAGCCCUCUCUUCGUUGCGGUCAGUCCCCGCAAGCAGCAACCCAAACCAAAUCUGAAAGGUCACCUACCAUGUCUUUAUUCCAGACCAUACCGCGUCCCACCAAAACAUACCACACCCAGACCUACGACCGCAUCGCCAAACACCAUGGCUUCGACGGCCGGGGCAAGACCGUACUAAUCACCGGCGGCGCAACCGGCGUCGGCUUCAGCAUCGCCAAGGCCUUCGCAGAAGCCGGCGUAGCACGCAUCGCCAUCGUCUCGCGCUCGCCCGGCCCCCAAGAAACAGCCAAAGCCGACCUCCAAGCGGCCCACCCGGCGGUGCAAGUCCUCACCUACAGCACCUCGGUCACCGACAGCACCCGGCUCAUCGAGAUUCUUUCCGAGCUCGGCACAGUCGACAUCCUAGUCCUCAGCGCAGCAGCCGCCCACCGCCGCGCGCCCGGCACCGAGAUCACAGAGCAAGAGGUGCGCGACGCCUUCGAGACCAACGUCCUCGCAACCUUCACCCUAGUCCGCGCCUUCUUGCGCAUGCCACCCACCACCACCACCGCCCCCGCCGCCCCCGCCCCCGCCAGGACGAUCAUCCACCUCUCCUCAGCCGCAAUCCAAGUCUCGGGCCAGCGCGUAGCCUACGGCCCCAGCAAAGCAGCCGCGACACAAAUGAUGCAGCAGUUCGCGGCGGAGGUGGACGCGGCGCAGGUGCGCAUCUUCUCGGUGCACCCCGGCGCGCUGUACACGCCGGGCACGGCGCAGCUGUUCCCGCGCGAGGCGAUGCAGUGGGAGGACCUGGCGCUGCCGGCGCACUUUGCGCUGUGGCUGGCGGGGCCGGAGAGCGCGUUCUUGCAUGGACGGUAUUUGUGGGCGCAGUGGGAUGUGGAUGAGUUGUUGGGGCUGAGGGAGAGGGUGGCGGGGGAUGGGUUCUUUUUGAAGAUUGGUUUGGCGUUGUAGGUCGGGAUCUUGUAUACCUACAUACCUACCUAGGUGGGUAUCCGGGGGCGGUUGAUGUGGGAUCUGGCUUGUGGUUUACCGUUUUAGUCUGUGACGUGGAAGUGACUUUGAGUUCUCUCGGGUAACCACCGCUUUCAUCGGGCCAAGAUCGUCCAGCUUCUAUGGCUUCCUCUCAAGGUGCAGUGUAGCACUCCUCUCCUGUUAUGUCCGUCGGAGUUUCGAAAUCAACGAGCGGCCCAGACUCGGACAACUACCUCCCCGCAUCAGACCGGAUCCGUCGUCCAGGGGAGUUCACCUGGUCCUCAACAUCUCGAACUUAGAAUUGCAGCCCCCUGCUUCAGCAAAAUACGAUAUACG